AUGGUUGCGCCAGCUGUUCCCGAGAUUUACGAGGAGGAUGAGAUCUUUGCCGCAGUCGAUGCGCGCACUGAAUCUCUCCAAAACUUGCGGGAAUUAGGUCCUCCCGACUUGGUCUAUUUGGUCAAACAGCCGAAGACGAGCGGCAAUCGUCAGACGGGCGUUUACCAUCAUGUCACCGGUAUCGAUGCCUCCUCCUCCGCCAGCCUUGCCGCCUACGUGAACACCCUCACAUUCUCGCCGCUUGAUAAGACGCACAAGGUGGUCUCUGGUGUAUACUGCUGCUACAAUGCUUUCUCCCAUCUCGAUAUGCGCGUGGAGGUGAAGAUUCCUGGAAGCCUGGAGAGUUAUUGUAUCGAUGAACGAGGCGACAAACGGGUCGCGACAGAGGCCCUCUGGUUAGAGACUUUUCUGUGCGGUGUUCUCCGAGCCUACUCGUAUGCGGACAACGGUAGCGGGGAUGCGAUUCGCAAGAUCGUCGGCGUCCGUCGAUUCAACCCGGUCACCAAUACGGAGAUGGAACACAAGUUCAUGGAUGCUGCGGAGAGGCUCUUCUUCCUGGGGAGACAACUCAGCUCCGACCCGGAAACCCAAGUGCCUAAUACCGUGAGCAACCACCUUACAUCUGGGCUGCUAAAAUACAUCCAAACGACGGGACGUUACACUUCUGGAAUCAAUCUCUUCGAAAAACUUCGCACCCGUGAUGUGGAAGUGUCAUCGCUGCUCGCGCGGGUUCUCAUAAUGGCCGAUGAGGAGGUACAGGCGGUGCGGUUAAUGUUCGAUGCUCUCCAGGAUGUGCCCAUGGACUACGCACUGCUCGACUGCCAGGCUGCUUUCUGCCAGAGCAAGGGCGAGGGCGAAAUGGCGCUGGAGUGUGCGAAGCGCGCCGUCACGGCCGCCCCCAGCGAAUUCAGUACCUGGGCUCGGCUGGCUGAGGUCUACGUGAGCCUGGAACAGUGGGACCUGGCGCUGCUGACGCUGAACUCCUGCCCGAUGUUCACGUAUCAAGAUAAAGAUACACCCCGCAUGCCGCAACCGUCGCGCAUUAUGCUCCCUAUCCUAGCCGAAAGCAUGUUGGAUGAGAUCGACGAGGGCCAGCCCCGUCAGGGUGACCCUCACGACUACGUUCACCCAUCUCUGCGGAGACUCCAUGCGGCUGCCUAUCAGGGAACUUUUUUGAAGGCCUAUAAUCUGCUCACGAAAAUUGCGGCGUCUAUCGGCUGGGACCAGCUGCUGAAGAUCCGAAGCGAGGUCUUCGUCAUGGAAGAGGAGUACCGCGUCGAGCGGCAGCACUCAACUUCCAAGACGGGGGGCUCCAUCGCCUCUGUGGAUGCUAAUGGUGACGGAGAACAGGAAAAUGGCACCAACUCCGAGGAAGAUACGACAGCCAACGGGGCCAAGAGCGAGCAGCCGGGCGACUCUAUCGAAAGACCGGAGCAGACGGUAGCCUCGGAAGUGGUCAAAUCGGGCAACGAAGACCCCGACCCAUCACACUCGUCAUACACACAAUUCAAGAACAAGCGUCUGUGCGAACGCUGGCUCGACAACCUCUUCAUGGUUCUCUAUGAGGAUCUGCGCAUAUACACGAUCUGGCGCACGGAGAUGGCACAGUAUCGUCAGCAGGCGAUCGAGUACAAGAAGUCAGCGACCGAAUGGGAGAUUCUGGGAGAGCUUGCCGAGCGCCUGCACCACUUUGAUGAGGCCAUCGAGGCCUACCAGCACUGUUUGUCAAUCCGUUUCUCGCCCAAGGCGAUGCGCGGUAUUCUCAAGAUGCACGAGAAUCGCAACGACACGAGACAGAUGCUGAGCUCGUUGAUCCGACUCAUCGCCUGGCAAUACCGAUGGUAUUCUGAGUUCUCGCCCGAACUCCUCUAUUUGAUUCGCAAGCUCAUCGAGGAAGAAGGCGCCGUCAAGGUGCGCAGCAUAGUCCAGGCGACCAACCUGCCCCAGCCUGUUCUCGACUUGACGCACCAGUAUUGCCAGUUGUGCGCGCAGUUCCGUAGCUCUGGCAGCGAUGGUUAA